AUGCUGCGUGCCGCAAGCGGCGUCGAACGGCCCUCGCCACACCGCGCGACACCCCGCACCACGCGCCUUGCCGCUCCGCUACGACUCCCCGCUCCGCUACGACUCCCCGCUCCGCUACGACUCCCCGCUCCGCUACGACUCCCCGCUCCGCUCGACUACGACUCCCCGCUCCUGCGCCGCUACGACUCCCCGCUCGCUACGACUCCCCGCACCGCGCCCGCUACGACUCCCGCACCGCGCCCGCUACGACUCCCCGCACUCCGCUACGACUCCCGCACCGCUACACUCCCCGCACCGCUACGACUCCCCGCACCUCUACGACUCCCCGCACCGCGCGCCACUACGACUCCCCGCUCCGCUACGACUCCCCGCUCCGCUACGACUCCCUGCACCGCGCGCUUCUACGACUCUCCGUUCCGCUACGACUCCCCGCACCGCUACGACUCUCCGCAGCGCUACAACUCCCCGCAGCACUACGACUCCCCGCACCGCUACGAUUCCCCCGGCGUCGAACGGCCCUCGCCACACCGCGCGACACCCCGCACCACGCGCCUUGCCGCUCCGCUACGACUCCCCGCUCCGCUACGACUCCCCGCUCCGCUACGACUCCCCGCUCCGCUACGACUCCCCGCUCCGCUACGACUCCCUCACCGCGCUCCGCUACGACUCCCCGCACUGCGCUCCGCUACGACUCCCCGCACCGCUACGACUCCCCGCACCGCUACGACUCCCCGCACCGCUACGACUCCCCGCACUCGCCUCCGCUACGACUCCCCGCACCGCUACGACUCCCCGCACCGCUACGACUCCCCGCACCGCGCGCCACUACGACUCCCCGCGCGCCACUACGACUCCCCGCUCUGCUACGACUCCCCGCACCGCUACGACUCCCCGCACCGCUACGACUCCCCGCACCGCUACGACUCUCCGCAGCGCUACGACUCUCCGCAGCGCUACGACUCCCCGCAGCACUACGACUCCCCGCACCGCUACGAUUCCCCGUACCGUGCAACUCACUGCAACUCGCCGCAACCCGCAAUUCCCCUCCCCGUGACUCCCCGCGUGACUCGCCGCUCCGCAGGUGGCGCCGCCGCGCCAUGA